AUGGAAAGCCACGCAGAUACCGGAAAGAUUCGACUGCUUGUCCGAAGGGACGGAGUGUCGGGGCCAAUGCAAACGUACAAAAUAAGUGAUCUUGCGGAAGCCAUGAGUGCGGUACAAUCACUUCCAUUUGUUCCCAAGUCCCACAAGGAACUCAUCAUUCCAUCUAUGGCGGAAUUGUACGAUGAGGAGACCGAUAACACGGAUAUAGUGGAUACAAAUUUGAAGCCCGUUGACUUUGCAUGGAUUGAACUUGAAUGCGACGAUGAUGCAACUAUUGAAAAGGUGAUUUCUUAUUUCCCUAUUCAUUCUUCUACGAAAGAAGAUGUGAAGAGUGGAAGAAAUGACAAUGAUGUUGCUGAAAUAUUUCCUUUAUGUGGAUAUGUAUGUAUCCAUGUUGCUGCUAGGCACGCAACUCAAGCUUCAUUGGGAGAUGAAGGGGAAGAGCCUGUAAGAGUGUGUAUGAUUGCGUUUGAACGCUUUUUGCUUACGAUUUUUCGUAGGCCUGUUGCGGGGGGAGACGAGGUGAGGGCCCAGAUGGAGUUUAUCUUAUCCUCUUUAAACCCUCAUACCGAGCCCGUGUCGAUCCUUGUGUGUUCCCUCAUUACUGCGUUCGUGAAGGAAUACCAGAAGGAACCUUCUUCUUUGCUUGUCGAAGUGGACAAUGUGAAUGAGUUGGUGCUUCAAAUUCAACCCUCUCAAUGCGAUCAGAUGGACUUACUGCGCCGUAUUGAGGAUCUGCGCCACAGACUCACUCGAGUACAAACAACAUUUUUGGCUAAAGAGCGACUUAUUCAGCAGUUGUUGUUGCCGGUCAUGCGCCGCAUUUUUAUUACAGCAGACUCCGGUGCUUUGAGUCGUUACCAGAGACUGCUCUCUGGUUUACUACUUUCCAUUGAACAUCUUCGAAAAGGUCGCGAUGUUCUUAAUCUGUCAAGUAUGAGUCUUGUAAGUGGAGUGUCGAUGCGAUUGUUACAACACUGCUACUGGAUGGAUUUUGUGAGCACUGUCUUGACAGAAGUAAUGAUGGUGGCAAUGCCAAUUUCUAUUAUUCCCGGUUUGUUUACCAUGAAUGUGAAGGUCCCAUUUCAGGAAAGUAAAGGAAUAAUGGCAUUUUCUAUGAUUGCAUUAGUAGCAGCAUUGGUGUUCUUUGUUGGAAUGAUCAAGCCCCUGUUUCUCUACAUCCGGCAUAAGCCUCCAGGCGCACUUGUACCCCCGUCGCUGUCGUAG